AUGGAAACUAAAAGUACACUAAGACAAUAUAGAAAUAGAGAAAAGAAAUCACCUGAAAAACAUAGAGAAUGUCUCUCGAAUAACCAAAAUAGAAGACUCAAGAGUAAAGCAGAAGAAACUGCAGAAGAACAUGAGGAAUGGCUUGCACGUGAUCGAGAGUGA